GGCGGCGCAUGCGCACGUGGCGUCGUCACCACUGAUUUGUUGAACGCGACGUUCCGCCUCGACGGUACAUCGGACGCAUCCCAGUCGUCGUGGCGUUUGAUAAGUUCGGGCGUUCGCGACUGUCUCGCUCAACAAUUUUGGAGUAGCUCCUGUCAAGUCAGCAGUCCUUUAACGUCACAGCAUGGCACAGCCGGCGGAAAAGGGUUACUAUCGCUUCGCGGUGCUGUUCUUCAAUUGCCUGUUGACCUUCGGCUCCUACUUCUGCUUCGACAUGCCCAGCGUUUUGCAGAACCAGUUUCAAGGGAACCUGACGUGUCCCGACGCGACGGCGGACUGCGUGCAGGGCUUGGGGAUGACGCCUCGGGAGUACAAUCUUCUUUACGCCAUCUACGCGUGGACGAAUGCGGUCGUGGUGGUCCUGGCUGGCUUCCUGAUUGACAAAUUGGGAAACCGAUUCGGAGUCUUCCUGUUCUCCUCCUUGUGCGUUUUGGGCUCGUCGCUGUUCGCCCUGGGCUCCCACUUCAAAGGAACUCCCUACCUGCUGCCCCUCAUGCUCACGGGCCGACUCCUCUUCGGAUCGGGCAACGGAUCUCUGACCAUCGUCCAGAACCGCAUCACCGCCUUCUGGUUCAAGGGGAAAGAACUGGCCCUGGCCUUCGGGCUGACCUUGGCCUUCUCGCGCCUGGGCUCCAUCCUCAACUUUUUCCUCACGCAGCGCUUUGAAGCCAAGUUUGGCAUGCAGUGGACCCUCUGGGGCGGUGCCUUCCUGUGCGCGCUGGGCUCCAUGUCGGCCGUCGCGGUCAGCUCCCUGGACAAGGUGGGAACGAGGCAGCUGGGUCUGGACGGGGCCAUCCGGGAGGAGUCUCGCAAAGUGAGGAUCGGGGACGUCAAGCGGCUGUCCCUGCGAUACUGGCUGCUGGUGCUCACCAUCAUGUUCUUUUACAACGGCAUUUUCCCCUUCAUCGCCGACGCCAGUAAGUUUGUGCAGGACAAGUACGACAACUACACUCAGAGGGAGGCGGCCUACGUGGCCGGCGCCGUUUACGACGGCUCCCUGGUCCUCUCGGCCAGCGCCGGUGUUCUCAUUGAUUACGUGGGCCUGCGGGGGAUUUUCGCCGUGGCCUGCGCCGUAUUGACGCUGCCGGUCUUUGGACUGCUGGCCUUCACCUUCGUGGCUCCUCUGGUCUCCACCAUCUGGCUGGGGGUCACCUACUCCUUUGCUGCUGCAAGCAUGUGGCCGUCCAUUCCUCUGGUGGUGCCUCAAGCCACCGUGGGCACCGCCAUGGGCCUCGCGACCUCCGUCCAGAUGAUCGGGAUCGGCAUCUCCAAUCUGGUUGUCGGGCAGAUUUUGGGCACCGAGUCCAGCGACGCCAAGAUUCCGCUGUGGCGCUGGCAGCGGAUGAUGAUCUUCAUGUUGGCCAACACCGUCGCCUGCAUCGUCACGUCGUCGCUGCUCAACGUUGUCGAUCACAGACAGGGCGGGACUCUGAACAAGUUGACCAAAAGAUCGGCGCGGGCCGAGAGGGAGCCCGACAGAGAGCCGCUCUCCCCCGAAGAGCAAGCGGAGGACGGGGAUGAGCCGCCAUCGCGCUCCAUCAACUCCUGACUUCUCCAAAGUCCUCAAGUUUGAACUUUUCUCUCAACCUCCUCCCUAUUUUUUAGCGAUUUGAUUUUUUAUUACUAUUUUAGGGGGUUGGAGGGGUUCGAUUGAACUUCAAGGAUGUUGACGAGAACCCCCCAAAAAUCUACGACAUCCUUGAUUUUUCAAUGGUGUUGUCGAUUAAAAUUUUUUUUUGUGCUCAAAAUGUUUUUGAUGAUUUUAAUCAUAAUGUCUCGGUAGAUCAAGAAAAGAGAUGAUCCACAAAUGAAAUCGUCCGAGCGCAUUGUAUUGAUCACAACACAAUGACGGUUUAUGUUGCUUGCUAAAGCGCUAUCGUUGAGCUCCCGUCGGUUUGAUUGCUAUCGCUGCAAUUUAAGUCAACUGUGGCCAGUCAUUUAUAUAUGCUCCUGAAUAAGGGAAUUAAAUCAGAUUAAAAAAAAAAG